CUUGAGCUUGUCAAAAAACACAAUGUCAACACUUCACCAUACAUAAGCAACACACGACAAUUAAUUGAAACCCAAACUUGAUACCAGACCGCUAUAUUUGUAUAUUCCCACAUAUACAUAUUUCAAUCCGAACUUAAAUUCGCAUAACACUGCGCGGGGCAGUGGCUACCGCAUAAUGUCAUCCUCAAAUACCCCCGCAUCUUCCUCUGUCGACAUAACAACCCUCUCCGUCCCACAACUUCGCAGUCUGCAGACACGGCUGAGUUCCGAAUUGGAACACCUCACCAACUCACACGCGAAACUGCGCUCCGCACAAUCCAAAUUCCGAGACUGCGUACGAACAAUCAACGAUGGUAUUGUCGGACGAAAGGAUGCUCCUGGGGCGGGCGGCGAUAGCAUUCUUGUCCCAUUGACAAGUUCGUUGUAUGUGAAAGGCAAAUUGACAGAACGAGAAAAGGUCAUUGUGGAUGUGGGAACAGGGUUCUAUGUGGAAAAAACAACUGCGAAGGCUACUGAAUUCUACGAUGCGAAAGUGAAAGAUUUAGAAGCGAACAUCACAGAUCUGGAAAAAAUAGUGCAAGGAAAGAGUGCAAACCUGAGGGUGAUCGAAGAUGCCCUUCGACAAAAAGUUUUGAGUGGUGAAGCUGUCACAAGCUCCGCUAGUUAAUAGCAUGCUCUAGGAAUCAAUCGGACAAACCGAUCAUCAAACUUGGCGUUGAAUCAAGGGAAAGGAACAAAACAGAACCGCAUCCUCCAAAUUCUCAUAGACAAUCUAACCAGCCGAAUCCUAAAGUUGGGUAUGAAUUAGUUUUCCCUACGGAUGAAGAAUGGCAAACGUGCGGUUUUUUUCCA